UCACUUUUUUGGUACAUUCAAUACACCCAACUCUAAAAGUGGUCAUAAUACAUCAUAUUUUGAACUUUAGUAGGUAGCAUUAGUCUAAUAUGAUGAUAUAACACAUAAUCACAACUAAUCAAUCCAUUAACCCUAACAUAUUAAUCCUCAAUUUUGAAUCUCAGCACAAAAUCCCAAACUGUGAACCCUAACCAUAACCCCAAAUUCCUAAAUCCUAAAUCAUUCAAAUUAAAGUGAAUCUUGAAUGAUUUUUGUACAAAUUCAUGUGGUUCUUGUUCAUCAUACCACAAGUGAUGAUUGACAUCGUUUUCACAUGAAUCGCCUGCUCAUAAUGACGAUUAUGAGCGGGGUGCAUUGAACGCACCCAAAAAAGUGAGUGAACCAAAGAAAACACCAUAUAUUUAAUAUGUAUUAUAUACGCAUACUUAAUACUUGAGAUAACCACUCAAGAGCCAAACAUUCAUUCCUUUUAGGCUCGUCAACAAUAAAUUUCAAUAUUGUUCUUAUACUGUAUAUUUGUAUUUCUAGAGUGUAGACAAUGAUGUAUGAAUGCACAUAUAUUUUUGUUAGGUGAAUAAUUCUAUUGACUGUAAGAUAAUUGUAUUAGUUGCAUUAUUUCUGUAAGGGUCAACUAUAACUAUGUGUUCAUUGUAAUGUUUUAUUCAUCAUAUAAAUUAGGGUUAAUACCUUAUUUUGGCCUCAACUAUGAUCAUAUAAUCAACUUUGGCAAUGGCAUGUGGUUUCAUAAAUUAACAUCCUGGCCUCAACUAUACAACAUAUUGACUCAAUUGGCCUCACACAUGGUUUGACCGUCAAUUUGGACGGUCAAAACCGCUGAUCGUUAGUCAACAUGCCAUGUCAUUGCCUCGUCAGCAUAAAAAUCAUUAAAAAUAUUCAAAUUCAAAUUAUUUUCCUAAUUUAUAUUUUUAUCAUUAUCAAAUUAACCAAAAAUUAAAAUUAUAAAAAUAUAAAAUAAAUUUAAUAUUUUAUAUUUUUGGGUAAUUUGAAGAUGAUAAAUUUUACCAAUUAACCAAAAAUUAUAAAAUUAUUUUAAAUUUCAUUUUUUAGUUAAUUUGAAAAUGAUAAAUAAUAGCAAUUAGAAAAAUAAUUUUAAUUUGACCUUUUUAAUAAUUUUUAAGCUGACGAGGCAAUGACAUGACAUGUUGACUGUCCAAAUUAAUGGUCAAACCAUGUGUCGGGCCAAUUGAGUCUAUAUGCUGCAUAGUUGAGGCCAGGAUGUUAAUUUCUGAAACCACGGGCCAAAGUUGAUUAUAUGAUCAUAAUUUGGGCAAAAUAAGAUAUUAACCCUAUAAAUUAUGAAUUGAAGCAUUAACCACAAAAUUUCCCACUUAAUGAUAUUGUGAUGUUAUAUUGGUUAAUCUGGUUAACCAAUUAACCAAAUCGAUUAAAAUUUAAUUUGGCUAAUUUGGUUGUUAUAUUAGUUUGAACGGUUUGGUUAUGAUCAUGGUAAAGGAAACCGUACCGGAAGUCAUACCGGAUCCGUCUAUGGUAUGGUAUUUUGUGGUACGACCGUAGUUCAACCGUUGUGUACCGGUAAAAUACCGUUUUUGUAAUUAAAAAAUAUAUUUUUGUUAAAAAACCGUACCGUCAGAUUCAGGAUAUCGUUUCGGAGUAAUACCGGAAUAAAUCCGGAAUAUACCAGAUAACAAACCUGAAUUAAGCAUAGAUAAUAUAAAAUAAAAAUCAACAAAGUACAACAUUCUCAUACUACAUACUAUUCAUUAGGAAGACAAAAGCAACGAAAUAUGUUUAACAUCACUGACCUCCAAAGUAUGCUUAUUAUUACAGAUGAGUCUAAAGAUUGUAAUGUGAAUUGAAGAGUCCCAUGACAGCAAAUCAUGCACGGCGCCAGAAAAGAAGAGAAGAGGAACGGAGAAGUGGCAGUCGCGGGUCGCCGGUUCCAUAGCAGCAAAUCAUGCACGGUCGCCAAUCGCCAGAGGUGAAGAGGAGGAGCGGCGGGGCGGGCCUGGGGAAGAAAGAAGAAACGAUUAAAAGCCUGGCUGCCGAUUUUCGUUAGAGAACUGAUUAGGGUUUUUGGCCUUCUGCCGAAUUUUUUUUUUAUAAUUUGAAGUUCCAAAAACGGCGACGUUUUCAUUAAAAUAACUCUACUGCCGGUUACCAAAACCGGUCGGUAUUUCCUUUUGUACCGGUUAAACCGAAAAAACCGGCCGACACGGUAUAUUGAGUGUCAUCAGUGUACCGUAUCGUUUCAGGUCCGGUUUCCGGUUGAACCGGUAAGAUACGGUUUCCUGGUCCAUGGUUAUGAUAUUGUAUUUCAGGGUUAAUAGAAUUUUAACUUGUUUGGUUUGGUAAUUACCAUAGUAACCAUUCCAACACCCCUACUCAAAACGAGGGGCAGACUUCAACUUGGGCCAACGCAUGUUUUGUUGGCACAAACACCAUUUUAACCCUAAAAAAUUCAAUGCAGAGCGUGUAGGAACUUAAGAUUCAACCCUCAAUUCAGUUGCUUCAAAGAAAGAAGAAGAUAAAAAACACCCGUAAGAUUAAAAAGUAGAAUAAGAAGGAAUUGAAAAUAACAAAUUACGGGUCAUUUAAAUGAGUCAUUUGCUCAAAUAUAGACAUUUGUGAAAUGUAGAUAUUUACGAAUGUAGACAUUUGGAAAUUCAUUGUUUGUAUAAUAGUUUCUAGAUGAGUCGUUCACAAAUUGGUAAUGAUAUCUCUAAAGAGGACAGACUAUCGAGAGAGAGUGUGAAAUUUGAAUUGGAGAAACUCUUGUGGCUUGAAGAAAUCUCCUGGAGACAGAAGUCCAGGGAAAUUUAGUUAAAAGGAGGAGAUAUCAACACCCGCUACUUUCACAAAAUGGCUAACUUCAGAAGAAGGAAGAACCUCAUUGCAAAAAUAAAAAUUAAUGGCUUGGGGGUCGAAGGUAAGGAUGAGUUGAAGAGGGGUUUUAUCAACCAUUUCUCCUCCAUUUUUAAAGAGGUUCAGAAGAGACGACUGUUUCCUACUUCGUAUGAUCAAUCUGCGUUCUCCGAUAAUGAGCAGGAGUGGCUCGAGAGAUCUUUCUCUGAAGAAGAGAUAUGGAAGGUGGUUAGAAGUUGCAGAGGAGACAAAUCCCCCAGUCCUGACGGUUUCUCCUUGGCAUUCUACAAGCGGUGCUGGAAUAUUAUUAAAAGCAAGGAUUAAAAUAUCGUACCGUAACGGCGGUUCGACCUGAAAAACCUUCUACCGGAAGCAAAAUCGGUAGACGGUAUUUAGCGGUAUAAUAUGGUUGAACCAUGGUUAAACCACAGUUUUAGCAUAAAAUACCCUACCGCCAACUUUUUCGGUACAACCUCUGGUACGGUAUUUCAAUCCUUGAUUAAAAGUGAUCUUCUGUUAGCCUUUGAAGAUUUUCACGCGAAUGGACGCCUUCCUAACUGCGUCUCUCACUCGUUUAUCUGCCUCAUCCCGAAGAAGUAUGUUGUCGAAGAUGUUAAAGACCUAAGCCCGAUCAGCUUGAUCGGAAGUAUCAAUAAGUUGAUCUCUAAGGUUAUCACUGACAGGAUAAGAGAUUUUAUGCCUCGCAUUGUGUCGGGUAACCAAUUCGUCGGGGUGAGAGGAAGACAAAUUCACGAGGAAACUCUAAUUGCCAAUGAACUCAUCGACAGCAGAAAGAAGAGCGGGAAGUCAGGACUUUUCUUCAAGCUUGACAUUGAGAAGGCGUUCGAUAAUGUCAAUUGGAAUUGUCUUGAGCGAAUUCUCCAAUGUUGGGACUUUCCGCCUAAGGUUCGGGGAUGGAUAAGUGGGUUGGUCACCUCGCCUCUUCUCUCAGUUCUUGUCAACGGAGAAUCUACAGUUUUUUUCAAAAUGGAGAAAGGUCUCCGACAAGGGGAUCCUAUUUCCCCCUUCCUUUUCAUGCUUGUGAUGGAUAUAUUGUCUUUCAUUCUCGGGUCUUUAAAGAUCGAUGGACGUUUAACUAGCUUCAGAAUGGAUGAAGUUGGGCUUAGGGGUGAAGUUACUCACCUCUAUAUGCUGAUAAUACGAUCGUCUUUUGUGAUGCUUGUGAAGAGCAGGUGUUGAACUUGCUAAGCGCCUUAGUCUGUUUUCAGGCGGUGACCGGGUUAAGGAUCAACGUGGAAAAAUGCAAGAUGUUUCAUGUCAACAAGGUUGACCAGCCUGCCGUUUUGCCAAUAUUUUUGGAAGCUCCUGGAAUUUUCAUCCUUCGGUCUACUUAGGGCUCCCCCUCAGUGCGAACCCAAAUUCUUGUGUGAUGUGGGACAAGAUAAUUGCUAAAAUGCAUAUGAGGUUGGACAGGUGGCAAGGAAAAUUCCUCUCCCUUGGAGGACGAAUCACCCUUAUCCGAAGUACCCUCUCGAGCCAGCAUGUUUAUGCUUGCUCUGUCCUUAAAGCUCGCGCCGCUGUUGUUCGAAGAUUGGAGAGUUGUAUGCGGAACUUCUUGUGGUCUGGGUAUAAUAACGAAAGAAAGAUUCAUCUUCUCAACUGGAAUAAAUGCAAGACCACUAAGGAGGUCGGUGGUCUGGGAAUCCUUGACAUUAUGAGCCUAAAUUAUGCUCUCAUCAGAAAAUGGUUGUGGAAGUAUGCUGCUGAUCCAUCAGCGUGGUGGUGUUGUCUUAUUUAUUUCAGGUACCCCAACCACUCUUCUUGUUGGAGAUCAGGUAAGGGGGACAACAGAUUGGGGUGUUCUUUGAGGAAAAAUAUCCUGAAAGAAGAACCGGAGUUUUGGAGACAUGCUUUUAUUAACGCUGGUGGUGGUGCGUGGGCUUCGUUCUGAAAAGAUUGCUGGCUGCCUGGGGUGAUCCUUGAAGAUGCCUAUCUGAAGGCUGUUGAUGCUUCUUCUUCUUCCUCGGAGGCCUGGGUUUCUGAUUUGGUAUCCUUUUAUUUCGAGGGUUUGUCUUGGGAUAUCCCCUUACGUUUUUUGUUAAGGGGUGGAGUUGAAAGGGAUAGAGUGAGAUUAUUGCAAAUGCUUUCUUCUGUUUCUACUAAUUUGAUCUCUGCAGGACCCACUAAGAUCAUGUGGCGACCUUCCGCAAAUGCUCGCUUCUCGGUUAAGUCUUCUUACGAUUGCUCUACUUUCAUCAAAUUCUCGGGCAAGCCUGGUUUCCCUACCAAAGCUAUUUGGAGGCCGCAUGUUCCGUCAUAGGUGCCUGCCUUUAUGUGGAUGGUCAUUCAUAAAAGGAUUCUUACCCACGACAAUUUGAAGAAAAGAGGAUGGACCUUUGCUAGCAAAUGUGUUCUCUGUGACACCGAGGAGGAGACCGUAGAUCACCUUUUCUGCAGCUGCAAGUGAAGCAAACAAAUUUGGGAGAUUUUUCAGUCCGUUAUGGAAUUCAUGGGACCUUUCCCGUGCACUAUUGACUCCCUGAUAAGAGGAUGGCCGCCGAUCAAGCUUUCACAGUGGAAUGACUAGUUCAGCAGCAGAUUUAUUCAUGCCUUUUGCUGAGAAAUUUGGAAAGAGAGGAACGCCAGAAUGUUUAAGGACGAAGCCUUGACGUGGAUAGCAGUCGUUCAAAAUAUCGGGAAUAACCUCCUCAAGUGGAGUUCCGCUCAUGGUGCUGUGAGUUCCCAUGAUGAUCUCAUUUGGCUUCACUCGAUUUAUCUUGCCUGCCCUUUGAUUCCGCCGCUGGAAGAGAGCUGAGAUAAUGAGAGCUGUACUUUUUUGUCUUUCCCAGCUCCUCUGUUCUCGCCAGUUUCGUUCUUCCGCAACCUUCUUUCUUCUCUGUUUUAGUUGGUUUUGUUGUUUUUCUGCUUCUUCCUGCCCAUGUCUUGAUCGCUUCUUGCGAUCUGAAUGGUGCUUUCUUGAUUCUUGUACUCUUGUCUUUUAGUUUGAUUCUAAUAUAUUCACCCUUAUAAAAAAAAUGGGUCAUUUGUAUAAUGUUACCAUUUUGCCCUUACAUUUAUAUUUCAUUAUCUUGUUUCAUAUCCUCAUAAAACUCACCACGUAGCAAAAUCAUUUUGCAACCAACAAAGCAUAUGAUUACGA